UCGGACGAGGACGGUGUGUCGGUGUUGUUCUACAGUGGUGCGGAUGAGGGCAGUGAGGCUGCAGAUCUGACAGAGCGCUGCGAGCUGAUCAGUGACAGACUAAUGACCUUGGAAGAUGAAUUGCAGACGGCCAUACUGAACCGGGAUCAGGCCUUCACCCAGUCGUUGGAAAAGGAGGUUCAGGAAGUAAAAGCCACUUUACAAACCAUGCUUGAACAGCUCCAAGAGGAAGAGGAGGAGGAAGGGAAUGAGUUACAAGAUGACGACCUCAUGGAAAACGGGACAGAGGAAGAAGAAGAAGAAGAAGUGGAAGAAGAAGAAGAAGAAGAGGAAGAAGAUGAGGACCAAUACUUCAGUGACAGCUGGGGCAUAUGAAAUGAAUGCUGUGUGUUUUAUGACUACUCACAGACAGACCGGCUCUCCGAGAGUGUGACCUCAGCUUUGCAGAAGGAGUGACCCCGCAUCCAUUUACUGCCGAGCCUCACUCAGCUUCACAACCAGCCUCUGGUACUGCUGAAAGUUCCAGAACAAAGCCUUCAAAAGUCUGUAGUCUUUUAUACAUAUAAAACAGGAAAAGCAUGAAGGAUUUUGAUAAAAAAUGCAAAAUAUAAGACACUUGAAUGCCAUUUGUUGCCUCAAAGCCAGGUAAAGAGUGCCUUAAGCCACGUGGCGAUUUAUUUUUUAAUUAAGAUGUUUUGAAGACAGGAUCAUGUCUUGCAGAGCUAUAAUGUGUCAUUUUGUAUUUUCAAUGUUUACUAUAAAAGCAUUUCCCAUUUUAGGUGAUCAUUUUGAUUAUUAAGGGUUUUUCCUUAACAAUCCAAUUGAGUCUUAAAAGUUAGAAAUCAUUAGCCAGCCUUAAAGCGUAACUUUUGAUCAUACACAAAAGGCUCAGUAAUGUUAGUUACACAGCAAAAAUUCAAAUAUAAGCCAAAUAGGCACUAUAUGUUACGGAAAAGUUGCAUCAACGAAACCUGUGUAUUGAUUUGAGCAAGGCUGUGGUGCAUUUCUCAUGUUUUUUUUGUUGUCCAAGUAUGAAUUUGUUAUUGCUUCUUUCAAAAAUGACAUAGUCUUGCUUUCAAAUUGUAUCAAAAUUCGAUAAAAAUACCAGAAGAUACAAAUGUUUUAAAAUAGCCAACUCAAGCUGAAAAAUGAGCAAUCACUCACCAAAACCACCUAUUUGCAUUUGUUUAGGGUGGACAACCAAAACGUCUUUUACUGGUAACAGUCGUGCACAUAAACUUAAAUGUAUGCUUCUUUUUUAGGUCAGCUAGGCACUGUGUGUUUUCCGUACGAUUGGACUUCAGUUAAAUGUAAUUGUAUCCAUGAAAUAACUCAUUUGUGGUGCUACAGAAUGUGAGCUAACUUGAACACUUUAUUGUUUUUAUCUUGUUGAAAAUGCAAUAUUUAGAUUUUUCUUCCACCCUGUCUUAAAGCACUGUAUGCUUAAAAGGAUGCUGUAUUUCAAAAUACAGUACAGUCACAAUAGUGAAAUUGUGACAUAUGCAUGAAGGAAGUAUUGAAGGAUAACAUAUCAGUGGAAGUGCUUGCAACUGCCGUUUCUUUUCCUUAAAUAAUAGUUUUUCUGCCACUGACAAGUGUUUUUAUUUACUUUAUGUCAGCUCAGAAAAGGGUUAUUCAUUCCACUGGGUGGCAGUUUACUUUUGCAAGAAACAUUUUCGUAAUUCCACCCAUAAUCAUGUUUUUUUAAUUUACUGUGCAGCUUGCUGUAUCAUAUUUUAUAUUUAUUCCUGACUGCAUCUCACUAAUUAAAGCAUGUACCAUUCCAGACUAA